AUGGCGGAGACAGGGGAUGAGAACGGCGGAGCUAACGGAGGAGAGUUUUACUUGAGGUACUACGUCGGUCACAAGGGGAAAUUCGGCCACGAGUUCUUGGAGUUUGAGUUCAGACCCGACGGCAAGCUUCGAUAUGCCAACAACUCGAAUUACAAGAACGACACCAUGAUUCGCAAGGAAGUCUUCGUCACCCCCGCGGUCCUUAAAGAAUGCCGCCGCAUCGUCGCUGACAGUGAGAUAAUGAAGGAAGAUGAUAAUAACUGGCCAGAACCUGACCGUGUGGGAAGGCAAGAGCUGGAGAUAGUGAUGGGAAAUGAGCACAUAUCUUUUACAACUUCGAAGAUUGGGUCGCUCAUGGAUGUGCAGACCAGUAAAGAUCCUGAAGGCCUUCGUAUUUUCUAUUAUCUUGUGCAGGAUCUGAAGUGCUUUGUCUUCUCUCUGAUCUCUCUUCACUUCAAGAUUAAACCCAUUUAA